GUAUCAAACUUGCUAUAUUAUGUUAUACCCGCCCACUCAAACAAUAUCAGUGACUUACCACGUGCGCGAAAGCAUUGUCACUGUACGAGGUAGUUUUGAGGCAGAGCCUAUUAAACCAACUAGAACCGCCCACGAAAUAGGCCCCCGCAAAAUUAGUCACGCGCAGUUCUCAAUCUCCUUUGCUAUUCGUUCUUUGAGUUGGGCUCAUGGGCGGGAUCUACGUUCUCAUCAGCGCAAGUACUAACAUACGUAAGACAUACAACACAUCCAUUCCCAGUCACGCGCAGUUCUCAAUCUCCUUCGCUAUUCGUUCUUUGAAUGGGCUUGUGGGCGGGAUCUACGUUCGCAUCAGCGCAAUACAUACAACACGUCCAUUCACAGUCACGCACAGUUCUCAAUCUCCUUUGCUAUUCGUUCUUGGAAUGGGCUCAUGGGCGGGACCUACAUGUAUGUUCAUAUCAGCGCAAGUACUAACAUACGCAAUACAUACAUACAACACAUCCAUGCACCAUAUAGCGGUCACGCACAGUUCUCAAUCUCCUUUGAUAUUCGUUCAUUGUGUGCAGUGAGGGCGGGAUAAAUGACAAAACAGAGCAAGUACAUGUUCCUUGUAUGUACAUACAAUGCAUUUAUUCCAAGUUCCACUCCCAUCAUACCAGUUAGCGCAGCUACCGGUAGGUCAUGGAAGUAGGUCAACUUUUGUGUGUGUGAUUUCUGAUAUUCCAGGAAUCUUGAUUAAUCGAACUAAUCGAUUGUUUACUCUGGUGAACAAUCGAAUGGCAAAAAGGGUAUUCGUCCCAGGCCUAAUGCUGUUACAUUUUUGUCUCACCUGCAUAGCAGAGUGAGACUAUAGGCGCCGCUUUUCCGACGGCGACGGCGGCGGCGGCGUCAACACCAAAUCUUAACCUGAGGUUAAGUUUUUGAAAUGACAGCAUAACUUAGAAAGUAUAUGGACCUAGUUCAUGAAACUUGGCCAUAAGGUUAAUCAAGUAUUACUGAACAUCCUGCCUGAGUUUCAUGUCACAUGACCAAGGUCAAAGGUCAUUUAGGGUCAAUGAACUUAGACCAUGUUGGGGGAAUCAACAUCAAAAUCUUAACCUAAGGUUAAGUUUUUGAAAUGUCAUCAUAACUUAGAAAAUAUAUGGACCUAGUUCAUGAAACUUAUACAUAAGGUUAAUCAAGUAUCACUGAACAUCCUGCAUGAGUUUCACAUCACAUGACCAAGGUCAAAUGUCAUUUAGGGUCAAUGAACUUUGGCCAAAUUGGGGGUAUCUGUUGAAUUACCAUCAUAACUUUGAAAGUUUAUGGAUCUGAUUCAUGAAACUUGGACAUAAUAGUAAUCAAGUAUUACUGAACAUCCUGUGCAAGUUUCAGGUCACAUGAUCAAGGUCAAAGGUCAUGUAAGGUCAAAGAACUUUGGCCACGUUGGGGGUAUUUGUUGAAUUGCCAUCAUAUCUCUAUAAGUGUAUUGGUCUAGUUCAUAAAACGUGGAAAUAAGAGUAACCAAGUAUCACUGAACAUCUUGUGCGAGUUAUAGUAGUUUUCAAAAUCAGCACUGCUGCUAUAUUGAAUCGCGUGAUGCAGGUGAGACGGCCAGAGGCAUUCCACUUGUUUAAUGUAGAGGGCAGCAACACACAACCGUGUUGUUGAAAUCAGACUAUGUGUGCGUGAAUGUUUUCGAUAAGCUCAACUCUGCCCGCGCCCGGCCAAGGCAGGGUACGGUACGGGCGCGAGGGGGGUAUGGGCGAGUGUGAUGAAGUCGAGUGCAGUCACGAUGUGUGAAUUGUCAUGAUUGUAGCGAAGUAAGAUCAUGUUUUCUGGGGUUUUGUGGCCAUUUAAUAUUUGUAUAUUGUUGAGAUUUUUGAGUAAUUUCUGUUGCUGUUCUGUGUAAUUGGAGGAAAAAUAUCUUUUCCGUGAUAUUCCAUUUGAAAUGCCACUUUCCGUCUCAAAAGGCCCUUUCCGUGAAUUCCGUCCGUUUUCCGCGAUCGCGGAAAAUCACUGUCCCUAAAUAAUUGAUAACAUUGUCUCAAUGAAAAACCUGGCUUUGAUACUGUUGUUGGGCUAGUUACAAACUGUAAAUUAGUUAAUCUACAUGUAAACUUUUUAUAGCCCGCUCGACUUUGCACAAAAUAUACAUUACAAAUCACAUCUAUUCUGUUUUUCCGCCAUUCUUUCUGCUUGUUAGAGAUUCCUGGGCUUCAAUUGCAGCAGAGCUCAAAAGAAUCAUUCUCCUGAGUGCGAAAGAAGGGAAUUCCCUGAUCUCUAUGUCAUGAAUAUUCAUUUAUUUUGCUUGAAAAUCUGUUUUCUUUGCGCAUUUUGUUUGCAAUUUUGAAAGCGAGAGAACGAACGCGGCUGUAACUUUCCCUUAUUUGAGGGUCUAGCUACUACCUUGAAGUCAGGAUUUUGCUGUGGGUUAGACUUUCAUCAGUAGAAUCGUGGUGGGUGCAUGAUUUCUUUUUUUUUCUUUGAUAUUGGGUGUUUUUGGUACCCCAACCUCAAGAAUACCCAUUUUGCCUAUGGCAGCCUAUUGUUCCCUUUUAGGCUCUGGCCCGGUGAUCUCUGGGUUAGGUGGCCAGCCCGAUCAAUCCACCAGUCCACCAAAAUCAUAAAUUUUAUAUUUUUGGUGGCCCACAAAGCAAUUCUGAUGGCCCUAAAACAAUGGAAAGCAUUAUAGUUUAUCAUGGUAGUAGUCUCAGUAGAUAUGUGGUGUGGAGAACUCAAAGGUAGAGAAACUGCCUUCUCAUACUUUAGCCUUGCAAUUUUGCUCCCAAAACAUGUGAAUUUGCAGGUUGCAUUCCGAUUGCAGCUACAGCCUCUUUCGGCCAGGUCAGCGUUUCUUCAUUAGACUGAGUUUUCCAAAAUGCACUAUCAAAACUAACCCAGCUCAGCCCUAUUGAAUAUAUCUCUUUAUUGUAUCGGUCCACCGGUCUUUGCUGAAAAAAUCCUAGGCAGUCAUCUGUAAACAAAACCCGGGAUGACUCAUGAGUUAGAGUUAGAGCGCCUGUUUCAGGUAAGAUCAUAUUCUUUGAUUUAGCAUCUUAAAAAGUUAUACCGUAGUCUAGAUUCUACACCCAUUCUAACAUGCUAUUAUGAUGGUGUUUUUUUUGGUUCAUUCUAGAUAAUCUUGAUAAUGGAAACUAUAAAAUAGCACUACAAGCUGCAGAUAAACUGCUCAAGAAACACAGAGAUCUUCACUGUGCCAAGGUAUUAAAGGCUCUUGCUCUUCUUCGAAUGGGACGUAGAAAAGAGAGUCUUGCAAUCACACAAGAUGUCAUUCAGGUUAAACCAACAGAUGAAGCAACAUUAUCAGCCUUGUCUAUCUGCUUUAGAGAGAUGCAGAAACCUGAGCUGAUAGUAGAGAUUUACAACAGUGCUCUGAAGAACCAACCACUAAAUGAAGAGUUUCACACACAUCUCUUUAUGGCUCUAGUCAGAGUAGGAAACUGCAAAAGGCAGCAACAGGUUGCUAUGGGUUUGUACAAAGUGUUUCCAAAGAAUCCAUACUAUUUCUGGGGUGUUAUGAGUGUUGUAAUGCAGGGUCUUACAAGUGUAGACACCAAGCUUGCAUCAUCUAUGUAUUUUCCUCUUUCUGAGAAGAUGAUAGAGAGAAUGGUCAAGGAAAAUAAACUGGAUGCUGAGGCUGAAGUCAUUCUCUAUCUUAUGGUAUUAGAUUAUCUUGGGAAAAAUGAAAAGGCCAUUGAGAUACUGGAUGGACCAUUAGGAAAACUUAUGAGCAGUGAAAUUGAUGGAGUAGACAUCCGCAAAGCAGAACUCUUUUGGAAGAUGGAGAAAUGGGCUGAGACUAAUAGUGCCUAUCGAUCAUUAUUACUUAGACAGCCAGAUAAUUGGUUUUUCUAUGAACAGUACUUCACUUCAUCCUUCAAGCUCAUAGAUUCAUCUUGGUCACCUCCUGAAGAUGAAAAAGAGAAGUUCAAGCUUGGUCAAGUUGACCAUACAGUGGAGAUGAUGGUCAGUUUCAUCCAAGAACAGAUUAAUAAUGAGGAAGCAAAAUCAAAGAAUUCAGGAGAUGCAGGAGUUGGUAGGUUACUACGAGGACCAUACCUUGCAAGACUGGAAUUGAUCCAACUGCUUACUAAUAGAGGUGCCAGUGAUGAAGCAAGAGAAAGAAUAGGUUCAGCUCAAGAUCACAUCAGACACUACCACUCUAUCUUUGGUGCUAAGUUUUGUUGCUAUAGUGAUUUGAGCAGAUACACCGAUCUCCUUGGUGAUGAGGAUGGAGCUAUCUUUACACAGAGUUUGGUUGAGGAUCGUUUGCCUUUAGAUGAAGAGGAGGGUCUCUCAAUAGCUACAUCUAUCAAGGGUCUUCAAAGACAUCUUAGCACUAUUCAGUUGAGCAGACGAUUAGGUAUCCAGUCUAGUCUGUCUUCGGCAGAGAAACUUGAUGUUGCUAUGGAGAUGGCUGCCACUCACAGGCAAAGUCUACAGUUUGCCGAGGGAAACAUCUCAGCUGAUAACCAAUAUGCAGAUGACUACCUCUUAUUAGCUGUACAUAUACUUUUAGAUGUAUGGGAAGAGACUGAUGAUGACAGGCAUUUAUGGAAAAUGAUUAUGAUGCUAGAAAUGGGAAUCAGAAACAGCAAAAAUAACAGUCAGAUGAAACUUUUACUCAUGAGACUUUACUGUCUGGCGAGUGUGUUUGGACCCAUCCCAGAGCUUUUCACCAGUUUAGAUAUCAAACACAUACAACAAGACACCCUAGGCUAUAAUGCAGCUAGGUUUGUGAAGUCACUUGGUCACUAUUCAUCUGCUAACUCACUCUACAAUUCAACUCUAAGGUUCUUCACUUCAAAUCAUAAAGAUACUACAGAACACAUCAUUGCUGCAUACAAGUUUGGAUCAUUUCACAAGAUCCCUGAGUUUGUGUCUUUCAGGAAGAGAGUAAAGCAUUCAGUGCACUUUGCUCAGACCACAGUGGAGAAGAUGUUAUUAGAUUUAAUGCUAGAUUCUGAGAAUAAUAACAAGACAUAUGAAGACAUUGUUCAAGACAUGGAAAUCAUCCCUGCUAAUGAUGACACAGACUGGGAUGAUCUCCGUGAUAAUAGAGAUCUGAAGUGCUUCACCUCGUGGUCUCCUAAAGAAAGGCAAGUAUCAGAUGAAGACAUUGAGAUAUCAUCUAAACAAGAGAAAUCAUGGUUGAAGUUACGUAGUCUGUUAUUGAGAUGUCUUGCUGCUGCUGCCCAUCUUUCACCUCAUCAAUUCUCUAAUGAGUCUCAACAAGGAGAUGGUAACACACCAGCUACAAGCUGUGAAUCUACACAGAGAAGAGAUACCUUGAAAAAACUGCUUGAAGAUCUUGCUUGCCAUGUGGGUACAAUAAGAGAAGAUCCACAUCUUAAUUGGAAGUUCUCAACCCAAGGUCCGCCCAAGACGAACCUAUCAGAUUACUUAUCAGGGAAACAUGAUGUUAUUCUGAUGGCAGGCUUCAAGAUGGUUCUUACUACAUAUGAAUUCUUCAAUCUCAGCUCAGAGAAUCCAUCUUUUGAAGAGACACAGAUAAGGAUAACAGAAUGCAUGAAGGAAAUUCUUUCAAACUUACAAGAGUCUUUGAGGAGAAGUAGACGAAGCUUGAUCAUUGAGAAGGAUGAUAAGAAGGCAUUAGACAGACAUAUACUACCAGAAACUGUCCAACUUGUUGAGACAUUCAUCUUCAUACUCCUCUUGAGUAGCGUCUGCUAUAAGAUGAUGAAGAAACUCAAGCAAGCAUCACAACGGAGAGGCAAGAAGAAGAAAGUAACACCUCCUAAACCACUGCCGGCAGUGAUAGAUCAAUUCAAGUCCUAUAUGGAAGAGUUUCAUGUGUUAUUAGAAGGUAUUCAUAUGGCUGUAAUGGAUACAGAUAUGGUUUUCCUUGCCCUCAAACUUGAUCAGAUGCAACUCACUGAUGGAGAUCAUGAGUUUUUCACAGAAGAAGAAGAGAGAGCUAUGUGGUCAAAGGUUGAAGAGAGCUACCAAGAAUCUUGUAAGGAGAUGUCAGAUGCCCUCAAGGGAAAAAUAGAGUACUUUGCUUCUCUCAAGUUAUGAUGAAGGAUUCUUUGACAUACUUGGAAAUUCCUUCAUUAUAAGGGGAAUCCCCUAAAAUCUGUAGGCACAUGAAUGGAUGUUAUGUGUGUCACAUAAAUGAAUGUUAUGUGUGUCACAUGAAUUGAUGUUAUGUGUAUAGCAAGCAGAACUAGUGUUCAUAUUGUCAUUGAAAGAUGUAUUUGCUGUUUCCAUGGACUUGCUGAAGUAUAACUAUAAGGAAUGACAAAUAUGGAUAGCCAAUUGUGAAACUAAUCACCAACAGAAAAAGUUCAAUUUGUUAACACAUGUGGUGCUCAAUUAUUUUACAGCUCUCUGAGAAUGAUAAAUUGUUUUAUUCACCAGCAUGGAGAAGGAACACAUUUAACAUCAGAAACAAACUAUGUAAACAAAAUUUGAAAUUUUCAGCAUUCAUAGUUUGAGCACAAGAGUGGGACCAUGGUCAAAGUUUCACUGGACCUCUGCAUACAAACCUUUGAGAAUACUGUUCCAAAUUGUGUGAUCUUCAAUAACUAUUAUAAUAUUUAUAUUAUAAAUUUGACAUGAAUUCAAGAGAUUAGGUAAGGAAUACUUUUGGUUUGGAUUAUGAAAUGUUGGCGUUGUUUUCAUAGAGAUGGUCAAAUUCAUUGAAAAACUUUUUGAUUGGAAUUCAUGAGAUUCAGCUUGUCAUAGAUUAUUGGAGCAUCCAAAUAGCAAUGCUUAUUGAUAAGUGAAGCAAUAUGCUACAUGCAAUUCACCAUGAUAGUUUGUUGCUGUAACUAUAAAUCAUAGAUGUACAGUAUUUCUUAGAUGUAACAUAGUGGGUAACAUUACCAGGCCAAGUGUACCAUUCCCUUUGCUGCGUAAGGGACACUUCCAUAAUUUUUGCAAUUAUAUUUAAUGUACACAAUUAGCAAUUUUUGCAUAAUUAAUGGCCUUAUCUAUCAACUUUGACUAGCGCAAAUACAAAUUGCAGUUACAGCAUUUUCAUGGUUAAUCAUUGAUUCACAUUCACAUAUAUGUACUUGUAAUACAUGUAAGUUGAAAACUGACCUUUGACCUGAUUUCUUGUAGAUGGAAUGUAAGCUAUGUCUUCUCAUUUCCUAUCUUGCCAAAUACGACCAGAAAUGCUGGAACAUUGUGAAAGUGAAUAUAAGCAAUCACAUUUUCUGUUAACCCUAAUAGAGCCAGGUAAUUUGGACCCAUCUCACCGUGUGGGGGGGGGGGGGGUUGAUUAUGUCCGGCCGCUGAUCGCAUAAGUGCCACAAAAAAUUGGCACGGGUUGUGAUGAAAUCUACUAGGCUGUAUGGUUCAUGAGAAUUUAUUGUGUUAAUUUGUGCAUACAAUUUUUAAACAAUGUUCUAAUUAACUAGAUACAGCACCCCAAACAGCUUAUUUUCUAUUUACAAACUCUUUAUAGGAUUCUGAUCGAAUAUACCUUAAAAAGAAAUGCAACGUUGCAAUUUUGUCUUAUGUAUUUAUUUUUGUUACAUUUCCCCUUGAGAUCUCGGUCGUUGAUUUCUAAUAAGUGAUUAUGCUAAUUUAUGCAUAAUUAGUAUGCAAAUUCAUACUUUUUCCUCUAACUCCCUAAAUAAAGCUCCAUAUGUUCUAAUUGUUGGCAUAGACACUCUUUGUGGUGUUCUUAUCAAAUGUUUGUGAAAAAAUUCAAUGAAAUUUGUUGGGGACUCUUCUGAAAUCAUAAACAGCAUAAGAUAAAUAUAUUUAGACCAGCAAGACCAAAAAUAAUCAUACAUUUAUGAUAUUUGGUUGAAAAUACAAUUUGCAUUGACUUUGUACACAAAAUCACGUUUUUGAACCAUUUGUGGUCUGACGUGCACUUACAAAAUGUUGCAUAAUUUCGGAACCGCAAAAUUGGUCUCAAAAGAUGCGCAAGACUUUAAAAGUAAAUAGUCAGUGAGCGGCAUGGUAAAAACUUUGCGCGAAUCAAAUAUUGCAUGAAUCAUUGAGGAGGGCCUCUGAGCCCCCCCCCCCCCCCCCCCGGCCUAGAUAGGGUUAAUUCUGAUCAAAGCAAAUAUGAACCAGUAGCCACCCCUCAGAUCCUCAACUACUCAUAUCUCUGGACAGGUUCCUUACCCAAGUAUAGUCUUGUAAUAUAAACCCACUUGAAUGGUAACACACUAACACAAUAAUUAUGUUACCAACUAGCUCUGAGCAGUAGUUUUUUUUUUUUAUAGAAAUGAAAAUAUAUGCUAAUGUAUUCUCUGAAGUAUUAAUAGUCAUCUGAAUGGUACAUCUUACGACUCAGUAUUUAUACACACAGUCAAUGACAGACCACAUAGAGUUUGCUCAUCUUUAAUUGAGUUUCAUCAGUAUAAGUAGAAAUGAUACAUUUAUGGUCUACUGGUUAUGAUCCAUCUUUCAAUUAGAGAGACUGUUUGAAUCCCAGCCAUGCCAUGUUUUCCUUCAGCAUAAAAUUUACCCACUUUGUGCUGCACUCAACCUAGGUGAGGUGAUUGGGUAUGUAGCAGGAUUCCUUGAAUGCCCUGAGUGCUGGAAGGCAGCUUUAGCUAAAGCCUGGGUAAUUAUAACAAUGCACCUCGCAAUAGAUUAUUUCUAGAUGGAUGGUGCUAUAAUGUCUAUUACUUUUUAGUAAUUUUGGCUGAAAACACAAUUUGCAUUGGAUUUGUGCAUGAAUUCAUGUUUUUGAGCAAUUUUCGAUUUGACAUGUACAUAUAUAAUGUUGCAUGCCCCACCCUUGUGAUAUUGGCAUGCACCUUGACCAUGACAUAAACUACAAAACUGGAAAAUCAAUCGCUCCUCAAAAUCUUAUAUAAUUAAUUUGCUAUUUCAUGCAUAAAAUUGAAGGUUUCGUCUAAUUAAAUAAAUGAGGCCCCCAAACUGCUAUUUUAUUCAGUGACUUCUUAGUGGAAUUCUAAUCAAAUGUAGUUACAAUAACAGUUGGUUAUCAUAACCUCCAUUUGAGAACACUAUACACCUGUUUCAAUUCUCUUCAAGUACGACAAACCCUAACUGCCCCCAAGCAAGCAAUUUAAGUAUCAAAGCACCUGUUUCUUGACCUAGGUCCGAAGAUAACACAACAGCCCGGCAUAUACAGUCACAGCAGGGGGGCACACACAAUGGGAUGCAUGCGCAUCGCUGAGCGCGGUCCCUGCAAAGCAUGCAGUCAUUUUUAUUCGCUUACUUAUUUCGAGGUCGAUUUUCUUCGUUCGAAAAUUGAAAAUGGACUAACAUUGGAUUUCUGAAUACAAUAUGACUUUGAAAACGUGAUUAAAUAUCGAAUACAAUAAUUUCAUUCCGAAGGUCCUACUACAGGCAGAGAAGUCUUACGUAAUAGCACAGCUGUUGUUUAUCAUUUCGUCCUUGGCUAAACGCUCAUAUACUGGCCUGUGGAGGUGAAAUUGAGAUAGCGGGGAUUACCCCGGGAUUACCUGGCCAAGCACGGUUGAUAAGGGCUUGGAAAUGAUUUUUGGGAUUUCCAAAUGGAAAAUGGGGUAUAAAACCGCAGUUUGCAAUCUGAACUGCGGUCUUUCUCCAAACGGGGGUUUGACGUAAUGAAUUUUCAAAUUUUUUCUUAUUCUUAAGCCGACCGCACACCUUACGAUUGGUCUGCGAUCGAUUUCAGAAUGAAAUGUAGUAGAAUUUGAUGCUAAUAUUGAGACUUGGAAUAUCUUACUGUGUAAUGUUCUAAAUCAUCGUACGAACACCUACGUUUUGUAAGAUAGGGAAGUUAAGAAAGUGUCUUGAUAAAUCAUCUACUGAACGUAUAGUACAUGCCUUUGUAUCAUCCCAUUUAGAUUAUUGUAAUGCUUUACUUGCUGGUUUACCUCAAUCUAGUAUAGCCCCCCUUCAAAGAAUUCAAAAUACUGCGGCUAGAUUGGUAACCCUCACAAAUAAAUUUGAACAUAUCACCCCUAUUCUCUACUCCCUCCAUUGGCUUCAGGUUCACAAUAGAAUUAUUUUCAAGUUCCUCCUUGUUUAUAAAAUCAUCCAUGGUCUCGCCCCAUCCUACCUUCAAAAUCUUAUCUCUCUCUGUCCCUCAUCCUCUCCAAUCUUCUUCUACUGCUCACCUUCGACUAUCUCUAGGACCCCGCACUUUUACCCGUUAUGGCGAUCGUGCUUUUUCUGCUCUUGCCCCUAAACUCUGGAACAAUCUCCCCAUCUUCAUCGGUAAUGCAUCCACUGUCGAAUCUUUCAAAACACUCCUCAAAUCUUACCUCAUUAAGCAGUCCUCUUAAUUCCAUAUCCUGUUCUCUCUCACUGUAUUUUGCUACUUUUUUUUUUUCCAAUGCGCUUAGAAACUGUUGUAUUAAGCGCUA